UUUCCUGACACAAGGAAAGACGUUCCCGGGGCCCUGUGGCUCCUCGCCUUCAGACUUGGAUAUUUGGGAUUGCUCUUGUCGAGGCGCGCCGCUCCUUAAUCUUUCCUUCUCAAUUGGAUUAUCGUCACCGGCAGGACUCCGGAUCGCCGCCGGGAUGAGGCUGAUCCCCGUCGCCCUGGUCUACCUGGGCGCCCUUUCUUUCCUGGCAGUGGACUCUGCGCCCUUGGACGUGGCUUCGGAGUUCAGAAAGAAAUGGAACAAGUGGGCGUUGAAGCGAGGGAAGCGGGAGCUGCGGGCGGCCACGAGCCCCCCGAUCGGGGCGGUGGCUGAAGCUGCAGCGGCCGGUCCCGUGGAGACUUUCAUCCGCCCACUGGACGUGAAGGGGUCCGUCCCAGGCCCACAGUCCAGGAGCUCGGAUGCCUCCCGCAUCCGCGUCAAGCGCUACCGGCAGAGCAUGAACGGGUUCCCGCACUUUCAGGGCCUGCGGUUGGGCUGCCGCUUCGGGACGUGCACGGUGCAGAAGCUGGCGCACCAGAUCUACCAGCUGACCGACAAGGACAAGGAUGGCACCGCCCCCGCGAGCAAGAUCAGCCCCCAGGGCUACGGCCGCCGCCGCCGCCGGCGCGCCCUCUCCGGGACCAGCUCCGGCCGGCCCCGGCCCCCACUGCAAGACCAGGGGCUGCAGCUGCAGGAGGAGAAGCUGCAGCUGCGGGAGCCCCUACGGGAGAGGUUGCAGUUGCAGCAGGAGAAACUGCAGCUGCAGGAGCCCCUUCGGGAGAGGUUGCAGCUGCAGAAGGAGAAACUGCAGCUGCAGGAGAGGCUGCAAGGCACCGUCCCCUCUCCAAUGGCGCUCCGACUACGCGGGGACUUAGGGGGCGGGGGCGGCCGCCAGACUUCGGCCGAUGCAUAAAAACCGACACCUCCCGUCCAUGAACUGGGGUUCACCGGAGCCUUUUGGGGUCCCGGGAUGAGGAGGGGGCCGAGGCGGACCAGAGCCCGGGAGCAGCUGCCUCAGAGCGCGCCAAAGCGCCCGGGUUCCUGCCAUCCUCGACGUGGGGGUCGCUGGCCCCCCGACCCCCUUUUCCCCCCACCCCCCCAAGCUGUGACCUCCCCCCGGGGCCGACCCAAAGGGGCAAAGGCCCCGACCGUGCCGAGGGCGCAUUAGGAGGAGAAAGAAGAGGAGGAGAAAGAAUCCUCUUCCCCAUGGAAACCUGCAAAAGUUCCCCAAGGCUCCCCAAAGCCCAGAGAAUCGGCGCCUUGCGGGGACCCCCUCCCCCGCCCCCAUCCCGAGGGGGGCUAGCGAGUCGCAUUAUACUUGAACUUUUCAGAAUCCAGAGAGGAAAAGUGCAAUGGCCGAGUUUUAAUUAUACGUGUUGUACAUACAGAGGUAACUAUAACUAUCAGAUAUUUAAGUUUUCUGUUGUUUUUUGGGGGGGGACCUUUGAAAAUAGAGUUAUUUUUAUACGUUAUAUAUUGCAUAAGGGCAUUUUAAAGCUGUGUAUACCCCCCCUUUAUUUUAAUACCGUGAAUGUCACAGAUUUGCCUCAGCGUGAUUUAACCCCUCUCGCAUUUGCGGUGUGUGUAUGUGUGUGCCUAUGCGUGUAUAUGUUAAUAUGUGUGUACACAUAUGUGUGCGUGCGUGUGGGGGGUGUGAGUUGAGUCCUGGUGAAAGAAGAAAAAAUCGUGUCCUAUAUACUGUAUUAUCUAUUUUCAUGAAGUGGAUGAUAAAUGAAAUAGUCAAUUAAUAAACAGUUAAGACAAGGAA